CAAUCACCCUCCGCAGGGGAGAUCGCAAUUCUCCCCUGUGAUGGCGGUGACCCCUCACCAAUUUCAAAUGACGAGGUAAUAUUUUUUCCUGAUAAACAAGAGAAACCGAAACGAGAGAAACGAGAGACUGUUAAAGCAGUUAAAAAGGAUUUUCGCUUCCGUCAUCAAAAAGAAUCGGAAUUAAAAGAUCUCAAAGCAACUUUCAAUGCCAAGUCAGAUUGUUUGGAUACAAAAUGGGAGAAAUUGAAUUCUGAUGAUAUUCGAAAGAAUGACAACAAAGCGCCUUUAAAGACAAUUUCCCAUCGUAAAUUAAAUCGUCGUAAGAAACAACAACGUGAGAAUACAAAAUUUCCAGCUCAAAAUUCAACUGAAAGAAAUAAAGAAAAGUCUGCGAAUUCAUCAAGUUCAGAAGCUUCAAACGAUGUUCUUGAGGAGGCUGCUAGUAAGGAAGGGAUAAUGCGUUACGUCGCCAAUGAAUUUGAUCUACAAACCAACAACUGUAACAAUUUAUCAAAAUCAAGGAAAUAUCUCUGGUUCAGUAAAAAUACGAAAGAUCAUAUUUUAAAAAGUCAGGAAGAGGAGAAAAGUAAGUCUGUGAAAUCGUUGAAAGUCAAGAAGACAUGCAGUCCCCAUAAGAAACUCAGCCGAUCAUCACUGACAAUAGAAUCCGACAAGAUAACCAUAAAUCUCUCAAAAUACUCUCCCUGCGCCAGUAGAUUGGCAGCGAGCUCAAAGAUACUCUCCAACGAGAGUGUAUCAAACUCGGAGAGUCCUUUGCAUUUGCCCCACUCGAGAAGUCCUUCUCACGUCAAUGUUCAACCAAACUCAUUGCCCAUGGAUAAAAUGUCAAUUCAAGCCAGCUUAUCUCUGAAUAUUCAUCAGUUUGAAAAAACCCGCUCCAAUUCGCGCAGCAGAAGUGUCGGCGACAGUUGUGUCACAUCGCCAACCAGCGAGGGCACAACUCUCAGCUAUUCUCCAACAGUCACUGAAAUCCUGUCCUUGGAAGAAGUUAUACCUCAGAUUUUCGUCACGGAAGAAUCGUCAAGUUACCUAGAUAUUAAAAGAAAAUCAGACAACAGUCUCUCGGAGAAGGCACGAAAGGCCACUUUAGAAACUAAAUGUUAGUCCGGUAGUAUCGAUGAUCGGAAAAUUUUCUUCCAUGUUUAAAUAAUAUAACAAGAGAGUAAAAAAUAGAGAGAGAGCUAUCGGGUGAUGUAGUGCCACUGAGACUAAACAUACCACAUUUAUAAGAUUUAUUAUUGAUAUUUGUACGAAGUAAAGAUUAAGUGUAGAAUUUUUGAAUGCUGCGGAAACGUUGUUGCGAAAAAGAAAAAAAAAUAUGUUGAGUAUUAGUAUAUGAAAUUAGACAAUCAAUUGACUCGCGGGUAAUGAGACCUUUUUGAUGAUAUGUCAAAAAAUUAUCAUGCAAGUCUCUCGCUGCGAUAAUUCAUUCUAUACGAUGAUUAAAAAUUAAAAGUGCCAAAGAAAAGAGAUUACCGCUAAGCGACUGUUUGUUUUCCCUUUUUCUGCACACAUGAACAUGACCUCUUUUUUUUAUUUUUGUUUCAUCAAUCACACACCUUUUUGCCAAAUGCUUUCUCUUCUUAUACACUUUGUUUCAGCCCCCAAAAAGUCUCAAUUACGAAAGUCGAUUGAUUUCUACUAUAGUAGUUUAUAGGUUUUUAUCUUGUGAUGAUUGCUCUUUAUUGUUAAAACUUUAAAUGCGUAUGUUGAAUGAAUCUGAAGUUCGCAAUCUUUUUAUAGACGAAAAAGUAGAAAUGAAUAAAAAUUCUUUUAGAAAAAAAUUUCUAAUCUCUAAUUUUGUUAAGUUUUU